AUGUGACAAAAUGGCGGCAGAUUUGGCAUUUUUGUGAAGUCUGGACUCAAUAAUUCACAGGAAAAACGACCAAAUCGAUGGAGUUUAUCAUUUUUCGAAAUGGCCGAGCCAAAAAGAUUGGAGUUUAAGACGAUUACACCAACACAAAAGCCGAAGAAGAAAUUGUCGUACCCGCCAGCAGAUCGUUUCUCGCUGACACUAACUGAUUCGACCGAGACGACUUGCCCUGAGUUUUCCUAUACCGAAUUAGUGAAAAAUGCUGUGCGUGAGAAAGAGCGUGGUGGUGGAGACCCUGACAACCCAUUCGGUGACGAUGAGGAUGCUGACAAGAUGGAGGCCAUUGCCAAGGCAUUUGAAGAGAAAUAUGGUCCGAAAGUGAAAACCAAGAAAGGUCGUCCAAGCGAUCGGCUGCGUGACUUGGUUGACCUUGGUGACGGCUAUGAUGAGACAGAUGCUUUUAUUGACAACUCUGAAGCUUAUGAUGAGAUUGUUCCUCGGUGUUUGACGACAAAACUUGGAGGAUUCUACAUCAACUCAGGUGCUCUCGACUUCCGGUAUGCAUCCGAAGAUUCCACAGAUGAUUUCCAGGGCCUCAAGAGUUCUGGCCUCAAGAAGAAGAGGAAAAUCAGGACGAUUGAGUCUGACUCUGACUCAAAUGCUGAAGUCAAGAAAAAUGGCCCCAAGAAGCGCAAGCUGAAGGAGGGGGUUGAUGGGGAGAAGAAGAAGAAGAAGAGGCUGGUGAUUGGUCCAGAUGGGGAGAAGAUUGUGGUGAAGAGAGGCAGAAAACCACUGGACAAAAAUAAACUCAAGAAAAAGACUUCCCCAACUGUGUCGGAGCUGCUGAAACAACAGACUGCCUCCAUUUCUACUCCAACUCACGCUGUGAAUGGUGGGGGUGGAGGUGGAGGUGGCGGUGAUGGCAGCCGGCCUGCGGAUGAGGGCUACAACCCCUAUGAUGGCAUCAGCAGCACCAUUGAGAUGUUGCUGAAGGAUGACUCAGAGAGCAGAGAUGGCGACGACUACAAGAAGCCGGAGACAAUGGUCCCACUACCUCAAGGGCUCUCGGACAACCUUGUGCAGACUAUCACCAGCCUUAAGAAGUCUGCCAAGGAGUCUAGAGAAGGGAAGUGUAAAUUUUUCUCACCGAACGUGAACAGGAUGUUGUUGGAUGUGGAGGUAAAAUCCCGUCAGCUGACGUGCGGGAACCGCUCAUCCAUCUUUGCCCAUCUGUCCUGUUUCCUGCCAUGUGGGAAGGAGACACUGCUGAAGCGGGCCAAAAAGCUACGACAGUCACAGCAAGAUGAUAUGCUCCGAGAUCCACUCAACAAACUGAAAGAAGCUGUAAACAGCAUGAUGCCGACACUGUUGGAGAAAUAUGAUGCCGAGAACCAACUGGCUGUUCUCAUGAGAAUGGAAAACAAAGAGAAAGUGGACUCAGAACAGAAAGACCCUAAGGAAGAAGGGUCAACAGAAAGUGAUGAAGAGGAACAAAGAGGUCCAGAUGGAGAGAAGAAGAAAAGGAUAAUGGGACCUCGUAAAAAGUUUGAAUGGACAGAUCAUGUCAGGAAUCUGCUGUGUGAAGUCACAAAGGUAAAGAUGAAGACUUUUGCUGCUGCUAAGCAGAGGGGGCAGACUGCUGAGGAAUAUGUACGAUUCUUCCUUGGCGCCGAUGUACUACCAAUAUGGCCAAAAGGUUGGAUGCAGACCCGAAUGCUGUACAAGGAGAGCAGAGCUGCUCAUGCCUUAUGGACAAACCCUCAGAAACCAAGGAAGUCCCUUCAAGGACCUAACAAGACUGCAUCCCCCACCCCUACCUCUGUGCCCUUUGGGUCCCGUAGCAAUAACAACAGCAUCAUUGAGAUAUUUGAUUCCGUAGACAAUGAUACCUUCAAAGAGGGAUCAGGUUCCGACAAGGAAACCGGCACCUUGCGACUUGAAGACUAUAUGGACAUUACAGAUGUGGAUAACAUGUUGUCUGAAAUCAGUAAAACUGAUAACGACACAAGUAUGCCUACUAUUCUGGAUUAUGCGGACAAAAUGAACACAAGUGCUACAGGUUUUACCCCUGACGUUAAGAAACAACCUGGGGCUGUGGAGAAUCCACAAGUGAGGCCGCAUUCCACAGGCCAAGCUGUUGCUAGUGUGCAGAAGAGUCGAGAUGUGAAGCAUGGACUGGUAACUGAAAUGUUGCAGAGUCCACUUCCAUCAACACCUAAUACUGCUAAGUUAUCAACACCUAACAUUUUAUCACCACAAACUGAAACUGUUACCCAGAAAAGUGCUUAUAUGGCUGAAUUUGAGAAACAUUUAAUGGCAACCACAACAUUAAAAGAAUCACCUCCAAAACCUCAGGGCUCCCCUAAUGAGCAAUCUGCCUCAUCUAAACUGCAGUCAAUGCUGGCACAAGCACAAGCCAGUAGUAGCCAGCAUGUGAAGCAGAACCUUGCAACUCCUAAAACCUCACACGUCAGCAGUGCCCAGCAUGACCAAGCUCUCCAAGACAUACAGAAGAAAUUAGCUUCAUCCCCUCAGGCCCAUAACAGACUCUCUUUGGGGCAGAACACUGUCUCUAAACCACUCGCGACCUCGCUUAAAACAUCAAGCCCUCUGAGCCAGAAAAUGCAGGGCUCUCCUUCGCAAACUAUUCACAACCCUCACUCUACCCAACCACAUAAACUCUCACUAUCUCAAGGAACGAAAUCAUUGUCUGCUCAACCUCAGAAAUCACCAUCUGUUCAACAGCAGAAAACAACGUCUGUUCAACAACAAAAAACACCAUCGUUCCAGCAACAGAAAGCACCAUCACUCCAGCAACAGAAAGCACCAUCACUCCAGCAACAGAAAGCACCAUCGCUCCAGCAACAGAAAGCACCAUCACUCCAGCAACAGAAAGCUCCAUUGCUCCAGCAACAGAAAGCACCAUUGCUCCAGCAACAGAAAGCACCAUCACUCCAGCAACAGAAAGCACCAUCGCUCCAGCAACAAAAAACACCAUCAACUCAAGCACAGAAAAUAUCGGUUGGACAGGUUGCUGGUCUGCACAAGAAACAAUAUACUUCAGAAUCAAGGCAAAAGGUGGAGUCAUCUGCUCCUAAGGACCUCGUUGUGCCAAGCUCUUUGUCCUCUGCCUCCAUAGACCAGGAGGCAGUGAAGCAGUUGCAUCAGCAGCUCUUGCAGUUAGCCAAUGCUCAGUACAAACCUCCAAGUAAGUCGGUCAGCAGCAGCAAGGCAGGACAGGAUUCUGUUGUGGGACAGUUGUUUAAACAGCCACUUCCUGCAAAUAUGGCAGCUCAACAAAGGCAGAUGCAACCUGGCAAGACCUCAGUUACAUCUGCCUUAAAAAUAGACACUCAGAACUCAAUGGGAGCAUCACCACAAAGACAUUCCCCUCAGGAUCAGUUGAGAAUGUCCCCUCAAAGUCAGAGACAUGCAAGUCCAAGUCAGAAGCAGACGUCAUCUGUUCAUAUGUCUGGAGGAUCUCUUCAUUCCCCUACCAGCAGUAGGAAAUCUCCAGGUGAAGUGUCAGGUAAGGUUCCGGCUGGUAUGGGUAACCAGCUCUCCCCAAACCAGGCACGGGCACUGCUCAGUAUGCAAAGCCCAAGUGACAGUCUAGCUCAUGCUAAACGAAGUGCUAGUGCUAAUGACGCCUUAUCUAGGAAAAAAAGUGUUGAGAAAUCUAUACUAGAGAAAGUGAUUGAAGAUUAUACAAUGGAGAUGAAAGUUAAAGAACAGCAGCAGCAGCAGUUUGCUGGCUCAGGGCAACUUCAGGUGACGGCUCCUGCCCUCAGUCCAUCUCAGGGAUCCUUGCCUCGAACAAUGUGGCAGCAAACUACAGGCAGCUCCCCUACAGCCACUGGCACCAGUCGCAUGUCGGCAUUCAGCCCUCCCUCAGGAACAAACAAACCAACCAAAUCAGUGUCUCCAAUGGUUAUGUCAGGCUAUCAGGGUGUCAAGAUGCCAAGUUUGUCAAAGGACUCUCCGACAUCAACAUAUUCUCUCAGCCUUCAGAACAUGCAGCAGCGGAGCAGGGCUCAGGACUUGAUAGCAGGCACCCGUGUUUCUGCACCCCAGCCUGCUCAUAGCUCAAUGUCCCCAAAUGCCGCUGCCAUCAGCACUUUUCCCAGUCAUUCCCAGCCUCCAGCAGCUCAUUCCACACUCCCUGCGAACCAGCACCAGAUGGCGGGGUUACCUCCCCCUCUCGGCAGCCCACACCUCUUCCUGCCGUCUGCCACACCCACAACCACAGUCGCUGCCAUGUAUGGUAGGACACUGCCAGAUCCUUCAAACUCUCCAAACAGAUACUGAAGACUGGGACACAGCAGCUGAUAUGCCGGGGAUAUGAUGCACUCUGCAAGGAUAAUUCUAGGAAGGGCUCUUGAGCUUUUGGCCCAUAAAUCUAAAAAAAGGCCCACAUUUUUAAAAGCAGUGGGGCUAUAUAAAAUUGUAGUAUUUAGGCAUCACAUAGAAAUUGUUCCAAAUUUCACUUAACAGUGCUAAAUGGACCCACAUCAGAAAAUUCCCGGAAUGGUCCCUGACUGUGUAGAUAUCUCCAUCCACAGACUGUAUAGGGAAUCUUCAUCAUUGUCAAUACGAAAUUGCACAUCAGAACUGCCAGCUUCACUGAUAAGUUUCAUACCUUUUGAUAUAUUUACCCAGUGAGAUGUUACAUUUCUGUAAGCACUAUUAAUGCCGUUUGGUACAGACACUAUUUAAGUGCUAUUGAAUUGCACAACUAAGCACUAUAGUUUCCCUCAAGUAAAGGUAUUUACAGAUAUUCUCACAAUGCAAAUACCUUGUGUACGAUGCCAUACUUCAUCCUCCACAAGUGUAAACAUGAUGAGGUUACUCUCUAGGUAUUUCUGUACUUUAAGCUUGGAUCAUCUCCCUGUUCUGUUAUACGGGGAGAUAAAUGGUUGUGCCGUGUUAUUUAUUCUGUCAUGUAUGUGCACAUUGUAUAUUUAUGUUUUGAAGUAGUUUAAGAACUCUUUUGACGAGUAACUGCAAUCUGGGGUGAUUCACAGUCGGAAGACCUAUGAGAAACAUUUCUCUGUAUGUCCUUGUCAUUAUGUGAUACUGGAUUGCUUCAGUAGCCAAACAUUUGCUAGAUUAAUUCCUAUUCAUGCAAUAAUAUUGCUAGAUAACAUAGUCUUGUAAUUUUCAUUUAAGUUAUCCCACUCCAAAUAUUUGUUUUUGUACCUCGACAUUAUUUUAAAGAAACAGUUAGCAGAGCUUCAGAGUGAUUUGAAGACUUUGGGGUCAAGUGACCCAUUACCUGAGAAAGGCAAUGUCACACUUGAGAAAUAAUGGUCCUAGGGAUCCAUAUUUCUCCGAUAUUGAGGGUCAUUUGUUUUCACAGGGACAAAUCACCCAGGCCCCUGGCAGUCUGAAGCACUGAAUAACUUAUAUAGUGUACAUUAGACUAGGAGUAAAGGGUCCGCCACAUUUAGAAUACUCUGUUACUGGUUGUGAAGAUAGUUCUUGAUAAGGUUUGAUAUUGAGCGGUUUUCCUCAACAUGGAGAUAUAAUAAUGUUUACCAUCAUAAUUGAAAACAACAGUUUGUCAUAAUUGUUUAAUGAUUUGUGUGGACUGGCACCGUCCACCCUUUACAGCUGUUUCUAUAUGUAGAGAUGGUACGACCUGCUUUCACGUUGAAUACAUGUUGAUAUUACUGUUGGUGAUUACUGUCAUAAUGCUAUGAAAGGGAGUGUGGUUAUUGUGUUCGAAAUUAAGCAUGUAAGUCUUGGGUCCUUUUCAGGACCCUAAUGUUUAACAUUAUGCAUUUAGGUGUGUCUCGAUUAAGAUUUUACAGCUGGAAACACAAAGGACCCCAGGACCUUCCUUAGUUUCGAACACUGUGUAUGUAUUGUAUUAUUUAAGUCAUCCACUCAAUAGAGUCGUGAAAAAUGAGAACAUAAUUGCCUAUCAGUGUUAUGUCUACUGCAGCAGGCUUUCAACUAUGCAUGCUCAACAGACAGAACAGUGUGACACCACAUUCUUUGACAAUGAAGGAAUUCCGUCGGUCAUACUCAUGUAUGAGGGUAUCCUCAGAAUAAUAGGGUAAUAUGGACAAAAGCCAGGAGGUCCUCAUGCCUUGUAAAUGAUAAUAGGAUUUAUUUGCCUUACCAGGGCUGUAAUGGUACACUUUGUCACAAUACAAAUUGUAUCUUGAUAGAAAAGUCAUGAUACGAUGCUCUACUACAAAAUUUAACUCUUGUUUUGUAAAAGCACCAUCUUCUGUCGUCAAUCGAAAGACGAGCUAACCAAACCGUAUCUUAUGAGUAUGAGUCAUCACUUAAAAGGUUUCAGAACUUCUGUAAUUAAGGUCAGAGAAGAAUUGUACAAUGUAUUUUUCAAAGGCGUGAAAGAUUUUCAUUGUAUGUUCAUACAUCGUGUUACACAGACAUCGUCAUAGGAUACUUUAUCAUGUCACAAACAAUCACGAUGUGUCGGAAUUUUGGUGAAUCAGUAAGGAUAUAUCUUUUACCGUCUUCAAUAAACAUGAUAGGACCAUCUGGUAAAAUUUUAAGGUUACUACUGUAGUCAAGUUACUUGACAACCUGUCAACCCUGCGAGUUUGGCACCAAUGUUGAGGAGGGAUAUCGGCACCUUUAUUGAUGCUAAUGUUGAGAGGAGGUAUGGCACGUUUGUCAAGUGGAGCCAAGAACAAGCCUGAAUGUUUCACAUCUACUGAACUAGAGGUGAUAAGCAUAACGCAGAUAACUGCUAUAAUAUAUGUACAAUGUUGUUCAUUGGUCAUGACAUAACUUCUAAGCUUGGGAAUAUUGUUCUCAAAUCAGGGCAUUAUGAAUGUGUAAAUAGUCGUACCGUAUUACCCCACUUAAGUGUGCUAUUGAAGGCCAGUGCUAGUUUUGUUUGCUGCUGAUUUAGGUUGCUUAGUUCAAUCUUUGUUUUGCGUUUGUUAAAACCAUCUUACAAUUGUAGAUUUGGAAUUUGUAAAUAAUAUUCAUUAUUUUCUGUUUUUAGAUAAUGAAUUGACAGAAAACAGCCAGUAUCAAUUAAGUGUUGAUAGCAAUUGUUCAGAGACUAGAAGUUGAAGGUUAGCAUGGGUCUCUCUCAUUCCAUCAAUAUAACAUAUAUUUUGAGAUAAUGUGGAGUAAAGUAUCUGUGAUGAGAUCAGGAAUUAUUAUCUGUCAUGUUGACAGCUUACGAUGCUUAUAUAUCCACAGAAAAAUACACAGUUUUUAUUACUAUGUUCAUUUCAAAUAAAAAACAAGAAAAAGUAGAAUAUUAAAUUUACCGGUACAUAUUUCUUUUACCUAAACAUUCAUCGUUGUCUAUACACAACUGUAUACCUUCAUAAAUAGACACAGGAUUCAUUAGUUCUAAUAUGUUUGUGUUGUCAUUUUUUUUGCAACUUUUCGGCAAGAAUGGAAACGUCACAAAUUUGAAAAGUAACAAAUUGACAAAUAACUGCUAAGCUAGUGCUGCCAUUGAAUUGUAUAUUCUUUUUUCUGUGGUUCUCUAAUUAUGUUUCAAAAAUUGUUUGUCUUUACCACAAACCUUUAUGGAACGACAGUUGUGUUAAUGUGUUACUUUUCUGCUUUAUUAAUUUUUACUCAUGAAGAAGGGAACGGUUGUUUGUUGGAAAUGCAUUUUCAAGGUGAUAGAAUUUCAUUUUAUUUUAGAUCCUACUUUCAAAAAUUGUUUUGAUAGAAAUAUUUUGCAUUUCAAUUUUUAAAAAAUAAAGUAUUUUCAAGUUAACAGUUGGCAAUUUGUAAACCAUUUUUUUUUUUUCACAAGUUCCUGUCAGACUCAUAAUAUGUAGUAUCAGUUAUUGUGUUCAUGUGGACAGGCUGACACAAACCUGUCUAGCAGCCAACUGUACAACUCUCAUUCCAGCUUUAAUCAUUAUUCUACCUCCAUUGAAAUGAUGCCACGGUUCAUGAAGCUGGCUGUUAUCUGAGGGGCAAGAUCAGACGACAUUAAACAUUCAUGUGGCAGCUAAAGUUGCCCGAAUCAUUGCAUGUUUAGAUGUUUACUGGUAAACAAAUGAAGGAAAACUUGUUGCAUGCUUUGUGAGUUGGGGUUGAAUGAUGCAUCACCUUGUCUGUGAUAAGUUCUACAUUUCUAGGUUUGUCAGCACCUUACCCAUACUGGUGGGUUUCACCAAAGUGGUAAACAGAGAAUUGUAUCUCUUCUGGCUUUCCUUCCACAUUAAGCUGACACGCCUCGAUAUAACUAGACUACUUUUCAGAAUGGCGUUAAAUGCAACUCACUCACUAGUUCCGGUGAUAAGUGAAUACUAAUCGCCCUCCAAAUGCGUUUUGGUUUUAUGAAACUGGUGAGGGAGCAGAUGACCCAUUUGUUGAAGGGUUCCAAUUCACUGUGCAUCUCUUAGGGGGACCAGAGAACUAGGAUCGUGAGACCGAAUCCAAAAAAUCGCCCAGAUUAUACUUUUUGUUUUGUCAGCACCAUACCCAUGCCCUGAUGUUUCCAAAGUUGUAAAUGUCAAAGGCCUGCACUAAAUAGGGCUUUCCUCCCACACUUUGCUGACACAGCAUGAUAUAACUGAAAUACUGAUCAAAGCCGUGUUAAACCAUACUUACAACAUAGUCAUUAAUUCGUUGUUGUCUGUCAAAUAUGCUGAAGAUGUAUGCACUGCUUGUCACUACAUGCACAGGUGUAAGCAAUAAUUAUACUUUCCUAAAAUUCAGAUUCCUUGACAGCAGUCAAUACAGUGUAUCAAAUACAUUCUGGUUGUUUUUUUAAUUGGCUAUCAUACUUUAACUGCUAGUGUCCAAGCAGACAGCUGUUGAUCCAGAUAACUGACACAGCUAGUGGUUGUUCAUGAAACACCUCACAGUAACAUAGUGCUAACAUAUGUUUGUCUCUGGCCAACCAAUGACAAGACCUAAGAUGUGUAAAAAAGAAUAGGGACCAAACAAAAUACAAAGUUUGCCAAUCAUAGUAUUCGCUGAGCCCGUUAUGAGAUGAUCAAGCUCCAGAAAAGCGAGAAAAUGCAUUCCUUUCAACUUUUUCAGAAGUCUUGUCCAGCACAUAAUGAACACAGCCAGUAGUUUUGUGGUGUAUGUUUCAGAUGGUUUGGUCUUAUAGUGUAUACUUUUGACAAAUAACAUAAAUAUAUAAUUAUUGGAACACAUCAUUCUGUAGUUUGUCAUCUUCAUCUUUGUUUGUUUACCAGUAAUGCUCUUCAUUAUAAUAGGUGGUAUUUUUGACAAAAAGAAUUCUUUAUUUAAAAAGUACUGAUUCAAUGUCAGCAUCUUGUUUAGAUAGUAAUUGAAGAAUUUAUACCAGGUGGACUGUUCUUUAACGUAGGUUACAGAUUACUAUUAUCAGAACGAAACUUGAUUGUGUCAUGAGAAGACAAGUAUGCUGUUAAAGAGACCCACUCAGGCAUCUAUCUAUUGUCUUGUUAUAAAGCAAUAUAUCUGUAUAUUACCGCAUGAUAAUAUGUAAAUUGUAUAUAUACACCAAGGCUUAUUUUCGCAAGCACUGUUGAAAGUUUUGUCUUGUAUUGAAAUAACUAUUUUCCGAGUGAUUACUUUUUACACAGUCCUACAUGUACAGUGUUAAAUAAUAUGAAAGCGUAAUAUUUUGAAUGGCAAUUUUGUGUUAUUAUUUUUGCAGCAUCAAGUAAGGAUAAUGAGAUAACACUCAGUGAUGGGGAUUUCAUUUGAUUAAAUGAUUAAUAAUGAGGUUCUAUCUCAAGCAGCUGGGAAUAGAUACCAGCUCAUUUCUAGUUGUUUUUGGAAAGGCUAGUUGAUUGUACAAGACAUUACAUUAGCCUUGCUUUCUGAUCUGAUCUUGGAGGGAACCAGAUUUUACCAUCUGCAGUACUAGAAUUCUUGAGUUGACCGUUUUUCAACCUUUCAUAAGGCUCUAUGUGAUUCACCAUGCUCUGUGUUACAACGAAGGUAAGAUGAAGUUGAGAAACUGACUUGACCAGUUUCUAGUUCUCAAAUAAGGUAGGGACAGACCAUGGAACAAGUGAAGCUUUGUGUCAAUUAGAAAUGGUGUUCAGUCAUGUUCAUAUGGCUUUCUUUGCAACGAGGCAUGGUGUUCUUGACAGGUCCUCUGAUUAAAUUGUGUAUUGUUUGUACCAGAAUCAUGUCAUUAGAAGUUUCAUGUUCUUCAAAUUUGAAUUCUGUCCAUUUAACUGCUUGUAUGACAUUAUCAUGACUUGUUUCCGAUAUACGGAUGAACCACAUGAAUUAACAACUUCAUAUGUGAUGUGCCCUCAAGUUCUUGUUCUGAAAAUAUCCCAAGCCAUCUAAAAAUGGGAAAAUGUUAUCAAUAACAAGACUGGUAGUUUCCCUGAACUGUCGAUGAAGGCACUGUUCCAUGAAUUGAAGGAAAAUAAAUCUUAUCACAGGCUGAUGAUGUGCAAGCAAAGUUUGCAAAUGAAAGUGACAGUUCUGGCAAAUGUGUGAGAACUCAUCAGUGUUUUGUGACCUAGGCACCCAAAAGCAAAGGCACCCCCUUCCCCCAGCUGGUGGAUACUGUUCCAUUACAAUCUCUCCCCUCUUUAUGCAAAUUUAGCAGUAUCCCAAUGUUCCCCAAUGUUGUACAAAGUUUCAGCACUGUUGAUCCAUGAAAUAAAAAAUUAAAUUUUCAUAGCA